UCACUUGCCCGAAUUGUAAAGGUCUCAGAGGGAUACUGUUCUGGGAAAUUCGCAACGUCUCCGCUCGGCUCCUUCUCCGUCUUCCUCCUUCCUGCAAGAUCCUGCUCGGAUCGGGGGAAUUCGUUAGGGUUUUCGUGGUAGACAUCUUCCAUUAACACGAACACUAGGGCUUCUUAUGAUCUGAUGAGUUUCGCCUUCCUCUGCGAAUGUCUUUCCCACACUUCUCUGUCCCGCUUCUGCUGCUGUUCUUUUUCGUGGUUUCGGGGAACCCGAAUCUUGUUGACCUAGUCGAGGAGGAAUCGGAAACGGGAGAGGCUUUCACGGAGUUGAGCGAUAUUUCUAUUUGGCACGACUAUUCGCCGCCGUCGCCACCGCCGCCGGCGCCCUUCCAUCCACCGACGUGCUCCUGCGAGGAUGAUCUCGGGGGAGUCGGAUCCUUCGACACGCUAUGCCUGUUGAAGUCGAGCGUGCAGCGCACCAGUGAUGUUUACAUUGAAGGUAGCGGUAGCCUUAAUCUUCUCCCAGGGGUUGAGUUGAGCUGUCGGAUUAAGGGAUGCAUUGUCCUGGUCAACCUCUCCGGGACAAUAACCCUGGAGCCCCGUUCGGCCAUCGUGGCAGGGACGGUUAAACUGGCCGCGUUCAACAUGAGCAUUGGGGAUGAGGCUGCGCUGAAUUCAGCGGCCUUGGCUGGGGAUCCACCGCCAAAGACUAGUGGGGCAGCAACUGGGAUUUACGGCGAUGGUGGCGGAUAUGGGGGUCGAGGUGCUAGCUGCUUCGUGAGGGAUGGACAGACUCAGGAUGACUCAUGGGGUGGAGACGCUUAUGCUUGGGCGACACUUACGAUGCCAGAUAGCUACGGAAGCAAAGGGGGUUCUACGAGCCUGGAAGAAGAUUUUGGGGGAAGUGGUGGAGGCCGGAUUUGGUUGGAGAUUGAGGAAGUGCUUGAGGUCAAUGGAACUAUCAGCGCUGAUGGCGGUGAUGGUGGACCUAAAGGUGGUGGUGGUUCAGGCGGCAGCAUCUAUAUCACGGCUGCCAAAAUAAAGGGUGGUGGCAAGAUUAGCGCUUCAGGAGGUGAUGGCUUGGCUGGAGGUGGAGGAGGGCGUGUGUCUGUUGAUAUUUUCAGCAGGCAUGAUGAGCCUGAAAUUUUUGUUCAUGGAGGUAUGAGUCUGAGUUGUCCAACUAACAAUGGUGCUGCUGGGACUCUUUAUGAUGCUGUACCUCGAAGCCUUAUUAUGUCAAACCACAACCGCUUAACAUGGACUGAUACUCUUCUUUUAGAAUUUCCUUAUCAACCACUUUGGACAAAUGUUUUUGUUCGAAAUAAUGCCAAAGCUGUUGUUCCUUUGCUAUGGAGUCGUGUACAGGUUCAAGGACAGCUCAGUCUACUUUCUGGGGGUCUACUGACUUUUGGUCUGAAAAAGUAUCCAUACUCUGAAUUUGAGCUCAUGGCUGAAGAACUUCUUAUGAGUGAUUCUAGCAUCAAGGUAUAUGGGGCCUUGAGAAUGUCGGUAAAGAUGUUCUUAAUGUGGAAUUCAAAACUAUUUAUAAAUGGAGGUGGGGACGCACUAGUUGCAACAUCUUUAUUGGAGGCUAGCAAUUUAAUUGUUUUGAGGGAAAAUUCUGUGAUGCAUUCCAAUGCUAAUCUUGGAGUUCAUGGACAAGGCCUUCUAAAUUUGUCUGGAACAGGAGAUACUAUUGAAGCACAACGGCUUGUCCUUUCUCUCUUUUAUAGCAUCAAUCUUGGACCGGGAUCUGUUCUUCGUGGCCCUUUGGUGAACUCCUCAAGUGAUGAAAUGGCUCCGAGACGGAACUGUGAACCCGUGGAUUGUCCUAUGGAGCUGAUUCAUCCACCUGAAGAUUGUAACAUCAAUUCUUCCCUGUCUUUCACUAUUCAGAUAUGUCGUGUUGAAGAUAUUGGAGUGGCAGGCCUUAUACAAGGCACUGUUGUUCAUUUUCAUAGGGCAAGAACAGUUGUUGUUCAUCCUUCUGGAACAAUUAGUUCAUCCGGCUUUGGCUGCAAAGGUGGUGUUGGCAGAGGUAUGGUUUUGAGUAGUGGUGUUGGUGGUGGUGGAGGGCAUGGUGGUAAAGGUGGGGAUGGUUUGGUUAGCGGCGAUUUUGUACAAGGUGGUAUUACAUAUGGGAAUACUGCUUUGCCUUGUGAACUUGGCAGUGGCAGUGGCAAUGACAGCAUGCCUGGUUCAACAGCUGGAGGGGGUAUUAUUGUGAUGGGUUCCUUGGAACAUUCUCUGUCCAGUUUGUCCGUUCACGGUUUUAUAAUGGCAGAUGGAGAAAGUGCCUCUAAUAUUUCAAAUUCCGGACCUGGUGGUGGAUCUGGGGGUACAAUUCUUAUAUUCUUGCAUAAUCUCAUGCUUAAUGAAGGAUCUUUCAUUUCAACUAGUGGUGGUGUUGGUGGUUCAAACAGUGGAGGUGGAGGUGGCGGCCGGGUUCACCUCCAUUGGUCUAACAUUCCCACAGGAGACGAGUAUUUCCCCAUCGCCAGCAUAGGGGGAACUAUAUCUGCAAGGGGAGGCAUAAGUUCUGGUCGAGGAUUUACGGGGGGAAAUGGUACUGUUACUGGAAAGGAUUGCCCCAGUGGACUUUAUGGAACGUUUUGCAAGGAAUGCCCUUUAGGUACCUACAAAAAUGUCACUGGAUCUGAUUUUUCUUUUUGUCGUCCUUGCCCACCUGAAGAGCUUCCUCGUCGUGCUGUGUAUACAAGUGUUCGAGGAGGUGUGGCGGAAACUCCUUGUCCUUAUAAAUGUAUCUCUGACCGUUACCACAUGCCACACUGCUACACAGCUCUGGAAGAAUUAAUUUAUACUUUUGGUGGGCCGUGGUUGUUUGGCCUCCUCCUUUUUGGCCUUCUUGUUUUACUAGCCUUGGUUUUGAGCGUUGCGAGAAUGAAAUUUGUUGGUACUGAUGAAUUACCUGGCCCUGCUCCAACUCAGCAUGGCUCUCAAAUUGAUCAUUCCUUUCCAUUUCUGGAAUCGCUAAAUGAGGUUCUGGAAACUAACAGGGCUGAAGAGUCUCAGAGUCACGUGCAUAGAAUGUAUUUUAUGGGUCCAAAUACUUUCAGUGAACCUUGGCAUCUUCCUCAUUCUCCUCCAGAACAGAUAAUAGAAAUUGUGUAUGAGGAUGCAUUCAAUAGAUUUGUUGAUGAGAUCAAUGCCCUUGCUUCUUACCAGUGGUGGGAGGGAUCAAUUUAUAGCAUUCUUUGCAUCGUUGCUUAUCCUCUGGCAUGGUCAUGGCAGCAGUGGAGAAGAAGAAAGAAGUUGCAAAGGUUGCGUGAAUUUGUUCGUUCCGAGUAUGAUCAUGCGUGCUUACGUUCUUGUCGUUCACGUGCUCUUUACGAAGGUCUUAAGGUGGCUGCUACACCAGAUUUAAUGCUUGCAUAUAUAGAUUUUUUCCUAGGCGGAGAUGAGAAGAGGCCUGAUCUUCCUCCUCGGCUUCACCAAAGAUUUCCUAUCUGCUUAAUCUUUGGUGGUGAUGGAAGUUACAUGGCUCCCUUUUCCCUUCAUAGUGAUAAUGUUCUGACCAGUCUUAUGAGUCAGGCUGUACCACCAACCAUAUGGUAUCGACUGGUUGCUGGGUUGAAUGUUCAACUGAGAUUAGUCCGGCGUGGUCACCUUCGGGCAUUAUUGUUGCCUGUUCUCUCUUGGCUGGAGGCUAAUGCAAAUCCUAAUCUUAGCACUCAUGGCGUCUUGGUUGAUCUUGCAUGGUUUCAGUCUACUUCAUCUGGUUAUUACCAGCUUGGUCUUGUGGUUUAUGCAGUAGAAGGUGAAAUCGAAACCAAUGUUGCUGAUACACUUACCAGAUCUACUAAAGUAGAAUCACCACGCAUACAGAGGGGUAACCAAGCCGAAGCAGUUCUUUUAAAUAGGGAAGCAAUUCUGAGGCGUAAAAGAGUAAACGGUUCUAUAAUAGAUCGUCACAAUGUCCAUACGCUUGAUGAUAAGAAAGAUAUUUUCUAUCCAUUAUCUUUUGUGGUGCAUAACACCAAACCUGUUGGUCAUCAGGAUCUUGUUGGUUUGGUUAUUUCAAUCCUUCUCCUGGGAGAUUUUAGCCUAGUACUCCUUACGUUGCUCCAAUUGUAUUCCUUCUCACUGCUGGAUAUUUUCUUAGUGUUGUUCGUUCUUCCCCUGGGUAUACUUGCGCCUUUUCCUGCUGGUAUAAAUGCUCUAUUUAGUCAUGGACCUAGAAGAUCCGCAGGGCUUGCUCGUGUGUAUGCUCUAUGGAAUAUCACCUCUUUGAUUAAUGUGAUUUGUGCCUUCAUUUGUGGCUUUGUGCAUUACAAGUCAUCAACCCGCAGACAUCAGAAUUUGCCGGCCUGGAACUUGGGCGCAGACGAGAGUGGAUGGUGGUUAUUCCCGACGGGGCUUCUACUGUGCAAGUUCAUCCAGGCGAGGCUCAUAGACUGGCAUGUGGCUAACUUAGAAAUACAGGAUCGUUCGCUGUAUAGUAAUGACCCCAAUGUGUUCUGGCAGUCAUGACAUGAUAAAGGUUUAAGUGAUAGGUAGAAGAAUCUCAGUUAGAUGCAGCAAAAACCUAUUCUUCUUUCUUUUAUUUUCUGGUUUUUCUUUCUUUCAUCUUCUUACGAAUAUUUUUGAAAGAGAAAUAGAGAAAGAUAACCGAGAGGGAAGGGGGGGAGGGCCUUCUUUUUAUUGCAUUAAGGCCUUUCUCAUGCAUUACACUGUUAGACUGGCUUAGUGUUCAUCGAUGUCAGUCGCAGUUUUAAAAGAUGUAAAUAUAACGAGAAGAAACAUUCUUUUGUAGAAACGAAAACUUACAAAUGUAAUAUAUAUGAUCACGCAGAAGCGGGAUUUGAUCCA